AUGACUCGGUCGACACGUUCCUCUCUUCGAAUUGACCCAGCCUCUUGCCAUGAAUCGGAUGCAUCUGGUUCGCCUUCUCCGGGAGUGGCUGCUACCUCCCAGUCUCCGGAUACGCCACUAAAUUCCAAUAGACCUUCCCCGAGUGGUUCGGAUUCAAUCGACGACGAGAAAGACAAGGAGCCGGCGUCUGGUCCCAAAAGGUCUAAUUCUUCCACCUCCAUAAAUAGCAAAGGCGAAAAGGAACGACGAAAACGCUCGCGGGUAACGGCAGAGCAGCUCGUCCACCUUGAGCAGUUCUUCGCCGUCGAACGAAGUCCGACCGCGGCGCGUCGGAGGGAAAUCAGCGAAAUGCUUGGCAUGGAGGAGCGCCAGACACAAGUUUGGUUCCAAAACCGUCGCGCAAAGGCGAAGAUGCUGCAGACCAAAAAUAAAGACUCCAUUCAAACGGUCUCUCAUCACCCCGUACCGCAGCAACAAGCAGACAUCAUUGUGCCUGAAUCACCGCCUAAGCUGCUAACCGGCUUUCAGGCCGACUUGGAACGGCUCAUUCAUGAGAAUGAACCAAUAACGAUCAUUCCAUGUACAAACUUGUCUAUUGGCACAUGGCGACGCAUCGCAUCAAGUAUAAGCAAGCACGACCUUGUCGCCUAUGUUUGCGAAAGUAAACAGACCUUGGCUUGGUUCAUCUCAUCCAACGGCUGCGGCUUCAAAAUGGAGAUUCCUUUUGACACUAUCGUCGAGAGUGAAUUUAACAAUGCAGGACCCGGGUCAGGUCUUGCCUCUUUCACCCUGUCGCGUCCUCCGACAUUUUUUCUGGAACACACAGGAUCCGCCUUUAAUGAGGAGCCCCGCCGUCGUACUUGGUCUCCAAGUGCUGAUUGGACAGAGGCUUACCAGGCUACGAACGUGCUACGCCACGAGAUUGUUGGCUCUGCGGUGCAGCUCUCGCAUCUCGUUCAGGCCCUUCAAAACAGGACGCAGACUUCUGUCAUAUAUCUCCAUACUCCUGCGUAUAAGGGGGCUCCCUCAGUUGAGAUACCGCGUCCUCCGAUGGGAAGUCUAACGGACCCUCAGACUGUGUAUUCCUACGCGGCUAGUGGGCAGCAAAGCGCUGAUUACCAGGCGCCUUCGUUUAAUGGCGCUCCGACCAUGCCUCCCACCUCCAUGGGUUAUGCGCCCAAGCCCGUUAACACCGUCGUACCCGCUGUGACCUUCACACCGUCAACAUUUUCCGCGCUGAGCACCGCAUGUGGGAUCCAAGAUUCCUCUAGCUUCGGAUCACCGUAUACUGAGUACCAGUAUACUGCCGGACAUCAGAUGGUGACGGAGAGCACUAGUGACUACGGUCAAAACAUGUCCCGGGGUGCCCCGCCGACUCAUACCGGACCAUAUCUGGCUCAGCCCGUCCCCCGUGCUUUUUAUCGGGAACAUACCCAGUUCGAACCCAGUUACCAGGCCGAGGGGACCACCUCUGAGUAUCAGAUGAGCGCACCGGUGGAUCAAUACGUCCCGGCCUCCCCCCCGAUUUUAACAACUCCAUUCUAUCCGCCUACAAGCAUCACUCAGACGUACUCUGAUGGUCAAGGUGCCGUAACGCCAGGCGUACCCGCCAUCAAGUACGAAGUUGAUGAUGGCUCCCUUCUUCACUAG